AGUAGUCUGCAACCUGGAAGAGAGCCCUACCAGAACCUGAGCAUGCUGACACUCUGAUCUUGUACUUCCAGCCUCCGGAUCUGGCUAUGUGACCUUUGAAGACGUCGCCAUUUACUUCUCACAGGAAGAGUGGGGACUUCUCGAUGAGACUCAGAGGCUCCUGUACCUUGAAGUGAUGCUGAAGAACUUUGCACUUGUAGCGUCACUGGGUUGUGAUCAUGGAACAGAGGAUGAAGAGACACCUUCUGAACAGAAUGUUUCUGUAGGAGUGUCACAGUCUAAGACAGGUCUGUCCACUCAGAAGACUCAACCCUGUGAGAUGUGUGUCCCAAUCCUAAAAGAUAUUUUGCUUCUGUCUGAUCUCCCUGGGCAGAAACCACACAUGGUUGGAGCUUGUGCAAACCGUCACCAGCACCAGAAGCACUGUGCUGCAAAAAAGCCCUUAAAGAGGAACACGGACAAAGCCUCCUAUGCGAAGCAGUGCCUGCUCCAUGUGUCAGGGAAGCCCUUCCCCAGUUGGGAGGUUGGGAAGGACCUCCCAGCCACGUUGGAGCUUCUGAGGUCCCUGGCCUUUCCCAAAGGUGAGGAGCCCAGCAAGAUCACUGAGUGUGGGGAAGACAUUCACAGUCAAAAAAGUCAUGACAAGUUGGGCAAAUGUGGGAAAGCUUCCAGGCACAAACAGAGCUCUGUUCACCGCACAAGAGUCUACACUGGAAAAAAGCUUUAUGAGUGUAGCAAAUGUCGGAAAACCUUCCGUGGCAAGUACUCACUUGUUCAGCACCAGAGAGUCCACACUGGAGAAAGGCCUUGGGAGUGCAGCGAAUGUGGCAAAUUCUUUAGCCAGACCUCCCACCUCAAUGACCACCGGAGAAUCCACACUGGAGAAAGACCUUAUGAGUGCAGUGAAUGUGGAAAAUUUUUUAGACAAAACUCCAGCCUUGUUGACCAUCAGAAAAUUCACACUGGAGCAAGGCCUUACGAGUGUAGCCAGUGUGGUAAAUCCUUUAGCCAAAAAGCCACCCUUGUUAAACACCAAAGAGUUCACACUGGAGAAAGGCCUUACAAAUGUGGUGAAUGUGGGAAUUCGUUUAGUCAAAGUGCCAUUCUUAAUCAACACCGAAGAAUCCACACUGGAGCAAAGCCUUAUGAGUGUGGCCAGUGUGGGAAAUCCUUUAGCCAAAAAGCCACCCUCAUUAAACACCAGAGAGUUCACACUGGGGAAAGGCCUUAUAAGUGUGGUGAAUGUGGGAAAUCUUUUAGUCAGAGUUCCAUCCUAAUUCAACACCGGAGAAUUCAUACUGGAGCUAGGCCUUAUGAGUGUGGCCAAUGUGGAAAGUCCUUUAGCCAAAAGUCUGGCCUCAUUCAACACCAGGUGGUUCACACUGGAGAAAGGCCUUAUGAGUGUGAUAAAUGUGGGAAUUCCUUUAGCCAGUGCUCCAGCCUGAUUCACCACCAAAAAUGUCACAACAUGUAGAGGGCUCAUCAGUGCAGCACAUGUAGAAGAGCCUUUAACUCAAGGUCUAACAUUGUUUAGCUCCUGAAACUCCACACUUGUGAAAGGCUUUAGACCUGCAGGGAAUGUGCUGUCUCUUUAGUAUUACAGCACUACAGAGCCUUUGUGUGGGAGCCAUCUGCCUGAAAUUCAGCCUCAUAUUUCCAAAACCUUCAUAAGGAUGAGGUUCCCCAUGAGGUCCAGGUGUGUGUGAGGCUUACAGGAGCUGCUCUGCUUAUUCUAAACUGCCCAAGGCCCUUGCCACAGUUAAAUCACUGUCAGUUUCUCUGGUAGAAGCCGUCUCCCCUCUACCACCUUGCACAGUGGGCCUCGGUCACCCUGACAUGCUAAGACAUGGCAAGCU